AUGGCUACGUCCUCAUUGCUUAGUGUGACAGAAGCACCAAUAACCGCUAAUGAAUUGCAGCCUAAAGAACCUAAAAAUACUCAUUCCUUUGAGUUCGUACCUGCAACAUCCAUGGGCGAAAGCCAACGCAUAAAACACAGCGCUGGUAGGGGCAAUCGCUCGGAGAGGAUCCCCAGCGGUUCUGGAAAAAAUGUGAAUAGUACAUCGUAUCCAAUAGAAUUUUCAACUGUCACAACAACUGCCAAGCAUACAUCACAAGAAAUGGUCUCAGUCAAUUUGCCUGGUGAUAUCAUAAUGGGAGGUCUUUUCCCCGUACACGAGAAAGGCGAUGGUACACCGUGUGGCCCGAAAAUUUACAACCGUGGCGUACAUCGCCUUGAAGCAAUGCUCUAUGCCGUCGACCGUGUAAACAGUGACAAGAGCCUGUUGCCUGACAUUACGAUAGGCGUUCAUAUACUUGAUACCUGUUCCAGAGACACUUACGCACUGAAUCAAUCGCUGCAGUUUGUGCGCUCGUCUUUGAACAAUCUGGAUACUUCGGCGUUUGAGUGUUCCGAUGAUUCUGUGCCUCGCUUGCGCAAGAAUGCCUCUUCUGGUCCUGUGUUUGGCGUGAUCGGUGGUUCUUACAGUUCUGUUUCUUUGCAAGUAGCCAAUCUCCUUAGACUGUUUCACAUUCCGCAGAUUUCUCCCGCGUCUACCGCCAAGACUCUAUCAGAUAAGACCCGUUUUGAUUUAUUUGCGCGCACAGUUCCACCGGAUACGUUUCAGUCUGUAGCGCUAGUGGAUAUCAUUAAGUGUUUCAACUGGUCCUACAUCUCCACCAUACACUCAGAGGGUUCUUAUGGAGAAUAUGGAAUUGAGGCAUUUCACAAAGAGGCUACCGAACGUAAUGUUUGUAUAGCAGCUGCCGAGAAAGUGCCCAGUGCAGCUGACGACAAAAUAUUCGAUGCUAUCAUUGCGAAGUUACAAAAAAAACCUAGUGCGCGGGGUGUAGUACUAUUUACGAGGGCGGAGGAUGCCCGCAGUAUCCUAUUAGCAGCUAAAAGGGCUAACUUGGCACAUCCUUUUCAUUGGAUUGCGAGCGAUGGUUGGGGAAAACAGCAGAAGCUACUGGAUGGAUUGGAAGGCAUUGCAGAGGGCGCUAUAACAGUGGAGCUGCAAUCUGAAAUUAUUGAGGAUUUCGAUAAAUAUAUGAUGCAAUUAACACCACAAACUAACAAGAGAAAUCCCUGGUUCGAAGAAUAUUGGGAAGAUACCUUUGAUUGUGUUCUACCGAAGAAUUUUGUUCAAUCUGAUGUACAACGGCACAGGAACGGAACAGUUUCGCAACAAAAGUUUUUCACUUCAAACGACAGCGGCACAUUUCCACUACGGGGGAGCACAGCAGCAAGCAUUGCAGGCGGUCGUAUUUGCGAUGAAAGACUUCGCCUUUCGGAGAAAGUUGGUUAUGAACAGGAAUCGAAAACUCAAUUUGUUAUUGAUGCAGUUUACGCAUUCGCGCAUGCCUUACACAAACUUCACAACGAUCUCUGCUUGCCAAAUGAUAGUCAAAAUGACCAGGUAACGGCAGGCUAUGGGAAAUCAGCUCAACAGCAUACCCCGUCAAUUUGGUAUAGAAAUCAAUUCGGCACUGAGUCUCACGCAUGCCCGGAAAUGGCAAACUAUGAUGGCAAGGACUUCUACAACAACUACUUGUUGAAUGUAUCAUUCAUUGACUUAGCUGGAAGUGUUGUCAAAUUUGAUCGGCAAGGGGAUGGAUUGGCGCGGUACGAUAUACUCAAUUAUCAACGAUUGGAAAAUUCUUCAAGUUACCAUUAUAAGGUCGUUGGAAAAUGGUUCAACCAAUUGGAAAUAAAUAUAACGGAUGUUGUUUGGAAUAAGGAAAGCGAAUUGCCAAUUUCCGCUUGCUCUUUACCAUGUGAAGCCGGAAUGAUAAAAAAACAACAGGGAGACACGUGUUGCUGGAUAUGUGACAACUGCGAACCAUACGAAUACGUACUUAACGAGUUUACAUGCAGAGAUUGCGGGCCAGGUUAUUGGCCAUACCCAGAUAAAUUAUCCUGCUUUGCGCUGGACGUUCAAUACAUUCGAUGGCAAUCCUUGUUUGCGUUAAUUCCCUUGGCGAUUGCAAUAUUCGGUAUAAUAAUGACUGUCGUUGUUAUAGUACUAUUUGCUAAGAACCACGAUACUCCGCUGGUGCGUGCUUCAGGACGCGAACUCAGCUAUACGCUGCUCUUCGGGAUUUUAGUUUGCUAUUGCAAUACUUUUGCGUUGAUAGCCAAACCAACGAUAGUCUCGUGUAUUUCGCAACGAUUCGGCAUUGGUGUCGGAUUUUCAAUCAUUUAUAGUGCAUUGCUAACAAAAACCAACCGAAUUUCGCGGAUAUUUCAUUCGGCGUCAAAAUCAGCCCAACGAUUAAGGUAUAUAAGCCCGCAAUCCCAAGUAGUGAUCACUGUAUCUCUUAUAGCUAUACAAGUACUGAUUACUAUGAUUUGGAUGAUAGUUGAGCCACCAGGCACUCGUUUUUAUUAUCCUGAUCGAACAGAAGUCAUUUUAAAAUGCAAAAUACAAGAUAUGUCGUUUUUAUUCUCGCAACUUUACAAUAUGAUAUUGAUUACAAUCUGCACAAUUUAUGCAAUUAAAACUCGGAAAAUACCAGAAAACUUUAACGAAUCCAAGUUUAUUGGAUUAACAAUGUACACAACAUGCAUUAUAUGGCUGGCGUUUAUACCCAUAUAUUUCGGAACGGGAAACUCAUAUGAGGAUAUCCACGUUUUAAAAUCGAUGAUGUUCCGUUUAUUUAGUGAUUCAAGUACUCCGCCAUUUAAAAUUUUGUAAGACAUAUAAUUUUUUUAAUUUUACAAGGACAAAAAAU